AUGCGGCAGUCUAGGGUCCACAAGAGGAUCAAGCCAUCGUUCAGUCAGUCAAUGACUUCCCAGCCCCUCGGGGUUGAUGACGCCAACAGAGGUGGCGAAGUAAUCGUUCCGGAAGAAGAGAACAUUAAGCAGAAAUGGCUCAGCGUGAAGGGCCAGGGCAUUGGGGAACGCCGCACUACUAAGGCCUAUGGGAGGUGGGAGGAAAGUCGGCACAACGAAAGCUUAGGUUUGUUGGUGGAAGAGCUUGAGGAUGACGGCCACUCCCCGGCAUACGAGAGGAAGAGCAUAAAGGUCGAGGCUGAGCUUGUCAGGUUAGGCGCGGGACAGAAGCGGCGUAAGCCAUCCCAGGCUCGCAGGAUGCGUGUCCGCGUCUCAGCGCGUCACCACGCCGUCGAGGCCACGCACAACAACUCGUCUUCUGUCUACCGCCCCACACCACAUCACCACCAGGGGCGCGUUCCAGCUGUAAAUGACCAGCCGCCUGGGCUCUUCCAGUAUGCCGACCAAGAAUACGGGCGGCAGCAGCAGCACCACCUGCACGUCAAGACAAGUAUGGAAAAUGGUUAUGAUUCUUCCAAAACAUUGACCAUGAUCAGCCGAACACCAAAGGUGCGCGCCGCUCGGCCCGCACUAAAGGUCGAGAACGACCAGACUCGUCGGCAACAGAAAUUACACCAAGCGCACUCGGGGGAGAAGUCCGGCCGUGAUCAUCAGACCGUCCACAGGAACAUCCACAGGCACGCCUGCGUAAUCACCAAGAAAGCCCACAUAGAGUUCAUGAAGGAGGAGACCUCGCUCCGGAAUGGCCCAGCCGGCGGGCUCAUGCUAUCGCCGCGCGUCUUUGAGGGAUACGUUGGUCGCUUUUGGGACGUGUUAGGCACCCGUGACUACAUGCGCGCACGCUUCAACUUUGUCGACAGAAUUCUAAGCAAUUUCCCUCACCAUCAAGUCGCAGUGCAGACUGCCCUUGACCACCUUAUGGACAUGUUGCGACUCAACCGUAGGGACAGUAUGGGCCUGCGAGAUAUGGUGCCCUCGCUGAUGCUUCGCCUCGGGCGCAACCAGGAUGCUUACGAUUUCGUCAAGUGGUGGGCGGUGUUCCCUGGUCGUUAUGACUGGAGCGAUAUGGCGCUGCCUUAUCUAGAUACGAAGGACGUGGAUGUUCUCGAAAAUCCUUCGUGGUGGGCGGGCGGAUAUCUAAACUUCAGUCAUGCGGCUGCUGUGAUAUUGAUCAAGUUGCGCUUCCUGUCGAAUCUACGUGAUUUGCAGAAUACGGCACGGGCUUUUCAGGCAUCUACUCUACCAUGCCAAGUUGUAAACCAAGUGCGUGGGAACUUGUUGGAUGACAGUCUUCUGGUGGGGCGUCAGGAUCUUGCCGCCGCUGACACGGUGACCCUUGCUGCAAUGAUCGAGAGGGUAAGGAAGCAAGUCUGGGAAUUGUACCUUGCUGUGGAGGAGGCAAACAUGCAUUUUUGGGGUCGUCUGAUUAGUAUGCAGGAUGAUGGCGAUGGCUUGCAGAAGCCGGAGUCCUACUUCCGUGGGUCACCGGAGGAGGCGGACUUAAUAGCGCUGCGUAACUAUGCGGCGUGGGAAGAAACACCCAAGGCGCUUGAUGAAAUAGACGCUGUCUGGCUUCUACAUUUGGACAUGGUGGCAGCUGCGCACGAAGACGCUUCCCCCGAUGAAGAGGACGAUUUUUUUGACGACGAAGAAGGAGGAGUGGUCUAUGAUUUCUCUUAUGAUUGA